AUGUUUUUAGAGGAGAAGAAGAAGUUGAAAAAGGUUUUAGGAAAGCAACGGGUGUGUUUGACGACUGAUACUUGGACAUCAAUUCAGAACAUCAAUUACAUGUGUUUGAUCGCACGUUGGAUCGAUGAAGAUUGGAAUAUGCAGAAAAGGAUCAUUAAUUUCAUCCAAGUUCCGAAUCAUAAAAGAGAAACAGUUGCACAGGAGAUUUUGGUUUGCCUUAAUGAUUGGGGCAUAACUGCAUUGUUCACAGUUACAGUGGACAAUGUAUCGUCCAAUGAUGUGGCUAUGGACAGGUUGAAGAGAAAAGUCAAAGAUAUUCUUAAUUUUCUCGUCUUAGAUGGCCAGGCGAUACAUAUGCGGUGUGUCUGUCACAUUCUAAACUUGAUUGUUAAUGAUGGGCUCACGGACUUAGCAUAUUCUAUUGCAAGCAUCCGCAAUGCAGUUAGGUAUGUGAGGUCCUCACCUCAACGCCUUAAGAAGUUUAAGGAGUGCAUGAAGGAAGAAAACAUCAACUCAACUGCCCUAUUGUGUUUGGAUGUGAAGACGAGGUGGAGCUCUACCUACCUAAUGUUGGAGACUUCUUUUAAGUUUGUCCCCAUUUUUGAGAGGUUGCUUUUGGAUCAAAACUAUUGUGCUUACUUUGAUGAAGUUAUAAAAGAUAAAAAGAUGAAGGGUCCACCAAAUGAGACAGAUUGGGACAAUGCAAGGGUUUUUCUGAGGUUCUUAGGAAAGUUUUACACUUUGAUGAAGAAGUUUAAUCGUUCAUAUUAUGUCACUUCAAACUUCUAUUUUAAAGAUAUUUGUGCUGUCAAACGAGAGUUGAUUAAGUUAGAGGAGUGUGAUGAUCCUCUGUUGAAUGAAAUGGCAACAAUGAUGAAUAAGAAAUUUGAUAAGUAUUGGGGAAAUGUCGAGAAAAUGAAUCACAUGAUGUUUCUUGGCUUGGUUCUUGAUCCAAGAUAUAAGUUGGAUUAUCUUGCUCUUGCCUUCAAGUGUAUCUACUAUGAUUCGAUAUCUGACACGAUGUUAAAAGGGGUUGAGGACACAUUGUGUAGAUUUCGUUCAACAAUUACGGCAUCUAGUGAACCCACCUCAAUGCCAGUUAUUGAUGAUGAGAUAGAGGCCAUGUUUAGAAAGCAAAAGAUGAGUGGGGAUGGUGUAAAUAUGCUAAAGAAUGAUGUGGAUAAAUAUUUAUCUAAGCAAUGUGAAGAGCUAGUGGAUGACAAUUUUAACAUCCUUGGCUGGUGGAAAGUCAAUGCUCCUAGUUCUGAUUUGACGGUUGCAUCUGAAUCAACUUUUUCUACCGGUCGUCGUAUUCUUGAUCCUUUUAGGAGUUCAUUGGCUCCUAGGAUGGUGGAAGCACUUAUUUGCUUGAAAAAUUGGUUGAAUGCGAAGGAUGAAGAAUAUGAACCCGUGGUUCUUAGGCAAUAUAUGGAUGAGGUUGAAUCUUUUGUAGAUUGCUAUCAUGUUGUCUCAUAUGAUGGUGAGGUUGUUUCUUCUACUCAAACAAAGGAUGACGAUGGCGCUCAAGUAAAUGAUGCGGAAUCUUCUAAAAGAUCCAAUGAGAAGAUGAAGAUAUUUCUCUUCAUACUUGUACAAUCAUUUGUGCUGCUAAAUCUCUUCCAUUUUCACUUAGCAGGAACCGAUCAUGAGAUCAGUCAACAACGACCGAAAAGGACUUACAUUAUCCACAUGGACAAGUCCAACAAGCCAGCAGUUUUCGACGAUCACGUAAACUGGUACGACUCAUCUUUGAAAUCGGUGUCCGACUCAGCUGAAAUGCUUUACACCUACGACAAUGUAAUUCACGGCUUUUCUACGAGGAUCACUGAAGAAGAAGCCCAUUUGCUCAACAACCAACCCGGUGUUGUUUCUGUAAUACCCGAAACCAGGUACGAGCUUCACACAACUCGAACUCCGGACUUUCUCGGACUCAAAGAGAGCUACUCGCUCAUCGCUGCGUCGGAUAAAGCCAGCGAUGUCAUCAUCGGUGUUUUGGACACCGGAGUUUGGCCCGAGAUCGAAAGCUACGACGACAAGGGUCUUGGUCCGGUGCCGAAAAGCUGGAAAGGAAAGUGCGAGGCGGGGAAGAACUUCAACUCCUCGAGCUGCAACAGAAAGCUGAUCGGGGCGAGGUCUUUCUACAAAGGGUACGAGAAAGAGGCGGGAAGGAUUGAUGAGAAAGUGGAAUCGAAAUCCCCGAGAGAUGACGAUGGCCACGGAACUCACACCUCGACGACCGCAGCAGGGUCCCAUGUUUCGAGUGCGAGCGUCUUGGGCUACGCUUCCGGGACGGCGCGUGGAAUGGCUCCCACGGCCCGAGUCGCCACCUACAAGGUAUGCUGGCUCAAGGGAUGUUUCGACUCCGAUCUAAUCGCAGGCUUUGAUAAGGCCAUUGCGGAUGGUGUCCACAUCCUAUCCAUGUCGCUUGGCGGUGGCUCCGGUACUGAAUACCACUCAGAUAUUCUAGCCAUUGCUACUUUUGCCGCCACUGCACGGGGAAUACUAGUAUCCGCCUCGGCCGGAAACAGUGGACCGUACCAUGGAACAGUGUUCAAUGCUGCGCCGUGGAUAACCACGGUGGGCGCCGGGACAAUUGACCGUGAUUUCCCAGCUUAUGUUAAGCUUGGAAACGGACAAGAGUACAAAGGCGUUUCCCUUUACAAAGGAAAACAAUUAUCAGACAAGGUGUUGGUUCCGAUUGUUUACGGUGCUAGCGUAAGUAACGACUCGGAUGGGGCUUUUUGCCUGCCCGGCAGUUUGAUUCCGAAAAAGACUAAGGGGAAAAUAGUGAUAUGCUUUCAUGGAAGAAACGGUAGAGUUCAAGCGGGUCUGGUUGUGAAAGACGCUGGUGGCAUUGGCAUGAUUUAUACUAGAGACGACGAUUCCCAUGGGGAAGAGCUAGUCGCCGAUGCCCAUCUCUUGCCCGCAGCAUUUGUGAGCCUAGAAAAAGGGCUUGAGAUACGGAGAUAUGUGGAUUCCGUGGCUAAUCCAACAGCUACAAUCAUCCAAGGAGCUACAAAGUUGGGCGUUCAACCGUCGCCAAUAGUUGCAUCUUUCCGCUCUCGCGGCCCAAAUCGACGCACUCCAGAGAUACUCAAACCCGACCUUAUAGCCCCAGGAGUGAACAUCCUGGCCGGGUGGACAGGCGCAGUUGGGCCGAGUGGAUUGAGCCUCGACAAGAGGCGGGUGAACUUCAACAUUAUUUCAGGCACGUCAAUGUCUUGCCCACACGUGAGCGGCCUUGCAGCUCUUCUCAAGGCUGCGCAUCCAAAAUGGAGCCCUGCUGCUAUUAGGUCGUCCCUUAUGACAACCGCCUACUCAACCUAUAAAAAUGGCAAAACCAUAGAAGACGUUGUUACGGCAAGAGCCGCGACACCAUUCGAUUUCGGAGCUGGGCAUGUGGAUCCAGUGGCAGCCCUUGACCCUGGACUAGUCUAUGAUGCUACUGUUGAAGACUACAUAAACUUCCUGUGUGCCUUGGAUUAUGCUCCGGAGCAGAUUAAGACGGUCACUAAGAGAGAUUUCACGUGCAAUUCGACAAAGAAAUACAGCGUGGGAGAUCUUAACUACCCAUCUUUUGCUGUUCCUUUUAAAGCAGAAUCGGAGGAAGAGGUUGGAGCUACUAAGAAUGUGUCACAAACUAUGACAUACACUAGAACUCUCACAAACGUUGGUGCCCCAGCAAAGUAUGAAGUCUCAGUAUCAAAGAUUGACUCAGUGAAGAUUUUGGUCAAACCAAAAUCAUUGAGUUUCAAGAAGGCAUAUGAGAAGAAGACUUACACUGUCACGUUUGUUGCUAGUACUUUGCAAUGGGGUACAAAACAUUUUGGUCGCUUGGAAUGGUCAGAUGGCAAACACAUUGUUGGAAGUCCAAUUGCUUUUAGUUGGUCACUAUAAGCAUUUUUUUUUUUCAAUUAAAUGCUCAUUACCAGUGGGAAGACCUGAUGUUUUGUUCCAUCCGAUGGUUGUCUUGUGUAACAUGGCAAAGUGUGUACCACUCGAAAAAAAAUAAAAAUAAAUAAAAAACCCACUUUGUAUGUCGUUUCAA